ACCCGAGAACUCCUCAGACUAAUUCAGUCAAUUGAUUCAUUUAAGUGAACCGACUCAUUCGUGAAUAAAUUGGACAUAGCUACUAGACACGUGUUUAACGUAUUCUGUUCACAUCAGCACACAUAGUAUACAUUUAAUUAAGAAUUUAAAAAAGUCUGCUUUGUCUGAAAAAUGCUGAUAUAGUGUUAACAUCUGUUAUAUGUAUGUGGAACUAUUGUCUCUUUAGUAUGUUGUCAGUCGGAUUUCAAUAACAGUUGGGCCACUGAGGAUGAUGGGAGAAAGAUGGCGCUGCCCUUACUGAGGUGCUACAGCUGUAACAGGCCCGUUUCGAUUCUGAUUCGGUACUUUACAUCGAAGUCGUUUUUAGCGAAUCAGUCCAGACGACUCGCGCCCGUGUCGCCUGCAGUGUGUGAUGCUCGCCAGUACAGCUCUGAGCGCGGGAGACACGAACAGAACCAGAAGGUUGUGGUUGUUGGGAUCCCGAACCCCUUCAUCUGGUUCCGAACCCGCAUCUACUUCUUUCUCAUCCGAGCUUACUUCGACAAAGAGUUCAGCAUUGAGGAGUUCACGGAAGGAGCCAAACAGGCUUUCUCGCACGUAUCAAGAUUACUGUCUCAGUGUCAGUUUGAGGCUCUUGAGGGAUUGGUAGCUAAAGAUCUAAUAGGGAAACUACAGGAAAAAUGCGCUCAAUUGCCUUUGAGCCACCAGAGGGCGCUGUCAGCUGAGUCCGAUGAGAUCAUGUACACAACAACAGGAGACGUGGGCAUUUACUAUGAUGAUAACGGGAGGAAAUAUGUAAGUAUUUUGAUGCGUUUUUGGUACUUGACGAGUGCCAGACUUCCAGAUGAGAGUGUGGAGGGAGCGAGGAUAUUCCAGGUUGUCAUUGGUGGAGAAGGAGAGAAACCAGAGACCAAGAGAUUGCUGACAGCCAAUUAUGAAUUCCAAAGGGAGUUUACCCAAGGUGUGAUUCCAGACUGGAUCAUCACAAGAAUAGAGCACUCAAAACUUCUUGACUAAGUGUGUUUAACUUGCAGAAGAUAGAUUUUUUUUUCUUUUUUCAUGCUUUUUUUGUUUAAUAUUGCUCAACAUGCCGAAACAUGUAGGCGAGAUUCACCAUGGGCAAUAGAAAGAUAUAAAUGUUGACUUCCUGUGUGCUUCCGUAUAUUGAUCUAUUGAUAUAUAUCUCACCGAUCUCACAUUAAUAACUUUUACAUUAAUAUGUUUGUAAUUUAUGGUUGGCUCAUGAUUGAUCAGUUUGAUCUAUAAAAAAAUGGUGCUGUGUUUUUAAACUUUGUAUGAAGAGUUUAGGGGUCAGGUUGACUGCACAUUGCAAAAACUGUGCAACUGGACUGUAAAACUAUACAAGAGAAACCAGGGGCAUUGGUAUCUUAAUACCUUUAGUAUUGAAGCCAUAAAGUCUGCUGCCUGGAGACUUUGAAAGACAGGUUCAUACAGAAUAAUGAACUGACCAGUCAGUUCUGUCACGGUUUUAUCAAAACUUCCAUUUCAUGUAAAAUAUUUUAGUGCAAAAAAACAACAACAACAUGAAUAAAUUGUGAUAGAAAACCAA